AAGGAAAAAGGCGAGCAGAGUGUAAAGUCCAUCAGUGAGUGAACGUGUGUUAUUUAUUUACUGUAAAGAUAAAUAAUAAUUAAUUAUGGUGGAAUAAAUAGUAAAGUUAUUUAUAUCACGUCAUUAUUAUCAAGAUGCGUCUUCCCUUUCAUCGUUUCUCUCUACUAACGCCGGGCGCAGGAAUUCGGUGCGGGCGUAUUUCCAGACAUGCCAAUUAUGCCACGACGACGACCAGGAACAAGGCAGACGUUGUGCGGAUCGGGUGUGCCAGCGGAUUUUGGGGGGAUACACCCACUGCGGCUGGUCAACUUAUCAACCGUGGUAAAUUGGACUUUCUCGUUUUGGAUUAUCUGUCCGAAGUGACAAUGUCCUUGUUGGUGGCGUCUCAACAGAAAAAUCCAGAGUUGGGGGGAUGGUGUCCCGACUUUGUGCAGAGUGUGGGACCUUUACUGCCGGCAGUUAAGAAACAAGGUAUUAAAAUUGUGACGAAUGCGGGCGGAGUGAACCCUUCGGCGUGUAUGAAGACUCUUCUCGGCGUGGCGGAGAAGGUUGGUUGUACAGGUCUCAAAGUCGCCCUUGUCACUGGGGACGAUCUUCUCCAUUCGAAGGACACCUUAACGCUGGAACAGUGCCCCUCACCACAAACUGUGACCAGUGCGAAUGCCUAUCUCGGUGCUGGCCCCAUAAGUCGUGCUCUCGACCUUGGCGCAGACAUAGUGAUCACGGGACGAUGUACAGAUUCUGCUCUGGCUCUGGGACCGCUUAUCCAUACCUAUAAAUGGUCGCCGCAAGAUUACGACCUCAUGGCGAAAGGUUCUCUAGCCGGACAUCUUAUCGAGUGUGGUGCUCAAGCUACUGGAGGGAUUUACACGGAUUGGGAUUCUGUGUCAGGGUGGGAGAACAAUGGAUUCCCUAUCGCCAUUUGCUCCUCCGACGGCGGAAUCACAAUCACAAAACCGGAAGGUACAGGAGGUCUCCUUACCAGGGGAACGGUUGGGGAACAGCUAGUGUACGAAAUCGGCAACCCAGCCGCGUACGUCUUGCCGGAUGUAGUUUGUGAUUUUUCGAACGUGGAAUUGGAGGAGGUGGAGGGUGGAGUUAAGGUCUCUGGGGCGAAGGGCAGGGCGCCUACGUCAACCUAUAAAGUCGGUGGAACAUUCCAAGAAGGAUGGAAAUGCACCGCAGUGUGUCCAAUUAUUGGUCCACGGGCACGAGAAAAGGGUCGCAAAACCGCUGAAGCGAUACUAAAACGAUCCAGUUUUCUGUAUAAAAUGCUCAAACUUGAGGACUUUAAGCGGAAGUAUGUUCAAAUUCUAGGAUCGGAGGAGGCUUAUGGAGAUAAUGCGAGACCUGAAAACUUGGCCACUCGUGACGCCGUGCUCUGGAUGGCUGUUCACCACUCGGAGAGAAAAGCGCUAGAAAUAUUCGCCAAAGAGAUUGCUUCUGCAGGCACUGGAAUGGCGCCUGGUUUGACCACCGUCAUUUCUGGAAGACCAAAACCAGCUCCCUUGCUGCACUUCUUCUCCUACCUUUUUCCCAAGGAGAAGCUCGUCGUUAAAAUUCAAACUUCGGAUGGCCACGAGGAGAGUUGGGUGGAUCCUGGCAAUGACAAAUUCACUGGAUUGGAAGAUCUAGAAAAAAUUGGGACAGCAGAAUCGACCACAGCGACGGUACCAUCGGGGACUUAUUCCUACAAGUUGAGUGACCUCGCCUGGCUUCGCUCGGGGGACAAAGGCGACACUUGCAACAUUGGCGUCAUCGCUCGAAAUCCGGACUGGUUUCCAUACAUUUCCACCCGUCUUGGUGGGUCGGAAGUUAUUGAUUAUUUUAAACAUAAAUUUCAAGGAGUCCCUGUUUGUAAGCGGUAUGAACUGCGUGGUGUAAAGGGGCUCAACUUUGUCCUCGAAAAGUCUUUGGGAGGAGGAGGAAUUGCUGCUUUAAAUCCGGACCCACAAGGAAAAGGUUACGCUCAAAUGUUGGCCGACUUUGUGAUUAAGGAUGUUCCAAAACUAAAAUAGAGCUAUUGCCAAUUAAAGUAUGAAACAAGCAUGAAUCCAUAUUCAACAAACCCAAAUACUUAUAACGACACGACAGACUGAAAAAUAAAUAAACAAUAUAUUCUGGUUUUCUAAA